AAAUAAAAGGCCCUAAAAUUCCCCUCUGGCCUCCGCCUCUCUUGUUCCCUCGUCUUCAGCCUCCGCUCUCUCCGCGUCGAGAUCUCGAGGCCGAGAGAAGAGCGCCUCUCAAGGGUUAUUGUGCAGGCUGACUAAUGGCCGAUCAAGUUAACCACCCGACUGUUUUCCAAAAGAUGUCUGGCCAGUUUCAUUUAAGUUCUAAUUUUCCCCAAGACCUUUGCCGCCAGAAUGUCUACAGGCCUUCUGCUUAUGAGAGGCGCUUUUCAACUAGCAGCUAUGUCAAUGGUGGGCUGCAGAUGCCUUUGACCCGUGGCUCUGACCUCUCUAUGGUGACCAUGGCAUCCCCAGUGUAUGCUCAUGCACCUGUAGAAAAGAAUUUCAUGGUCGAUUUCCUUAUGGGUGGAGUUUCUGCUGCAGUCUCCAAAACUGCUGCCGCUCCUAUCGAGCGUGUGAAGCUUCUGAUCCAGAAUCAAGAUGAGAUGAUCAAGUCUGGUCGUCUAUCUGAACCCUAUAAGGGAAUUGGCGAAUGUUUUAAGAGAACCAUUAAGGAGGAAGGAUUUGGCUCUUUGUGGAGAGGGAAUACUGCAAAUGUUAUUCGUUAUUUCCCAACCCAGGCUUUGAACUUUGCAUUCAAGGAUUACUUCAAGAGGUUAUUCAACUUCAAGAAAGACAGGGAUGGCUACUGGAAGUGGUUUGCCGGAAAUCUUGCAUCUGGUGGUGCUGCUGGUGCCUCUUCUCUACUGUUUGUUUACUCCCUGGAUUAUGCCCGUACCCGUUUGGCCAAUGAUGCAAAAGCUGCAAAGAAGGGAGGAGAGAGGCAGUUUAAUGGUCUUGUUGAUGUGUACAAGAAGACAUUGAAGACUGAUGGAGUUGCUGGGCUCUACCGUGGGUUUAACAUUUCAUGCGUUGGAAUUAUUGUCUACCGUGGGCUUUAUUUUGGAUUGUACGAUUCUUUGAAGCCUGUUGUUCUAACUGGAAAGUUGCAGGACAACUUCUUCGCUAGCUUUGCCUUAGGUUGGGUGAUUACCAAUGGAGCAGGGCUCGCAUCCUAUCCCAUCGACACAGUUCGAAGAAGAAUGAUGAUGACCUCCGGAGAGGCAGUCAAGUACAAGAGCUCUCUUGACGCCUUCCAGCAAAUCUUGAAGAACGAGGGGGCAAAAUCCCUCUUCAAGGGUGCAGGUGCCAAUAUUCUUCGUGCCAUUGCUGGUGCUGGUGUGCUCUCCGGUUAUGACAAGCUUCAGUUAAUCCUCUUGGGAAAGAAGUACGGUUCCGGUGGAGCUUAAGUUGAUGGUGAUGAAUAAUAUUGAACUUCAUUUUCUUUCCUAAGUUUUGUUGGAUCUUGAUAGGACAAUUUCUAUUGAUCCCCCAAUAAUUUUACUGCUGUGGUGGGAGAUUCUCCCUUAAUUUUUUUGCUAUAUGGAGAUAUGAUACGUUCUCCGUAAACUUGUUAUUUUUCCUACUGUAGUGUUUUAACUUGAAGUGUUAUGUACUCUAAUGCUGCGAAGUUCUAUCCAGAACAAAGUAGUAAAGCUUUGGGAGUUAUAGAUCCUAUAUGUUUGUUGUCC